AUGUAUGUGACGCGAAGGAAAGCGGGAUGGCGAAAAAUUGUGGAAAUUCCUUUCGGAAUGAAAGAUGAGAACUCUGGCCGUUUUGUCACCGACCAGCUUCGAAAAAGCUGGGAAAGCGAGAAACAUCAUUGCAAGGUGAAUGGGAAAAGGCCCAAACUUUGGAAAAGCGUGUUUGAUACGCUUUCUGCCAAAGAUGUUAUCAUCAUUUUGAAGGGGAAUAUAUUGUCUGCAACAUCUGUCCUUCUCUUUCCACUGUUUCUCGGGUAUCUUCUUUCUAAGCUUAUGUCAACUGAGGCAGAGAAUACUUAUCAGCUCUACGCCUGCGCAUUAGCUAUGUGUCUCAAUGGUUUGAUCGGUGGUCUUGGUAUGCACCAGCGAAGCUACAGAUGUGAAAUAUUGGGUAUUAAAAUAGGAAGCGCCCUGAGGGGACUGGUGUACCACAAGACGCUUCUACUCAGCAAGCAAACGUUACUGAGAUUCACUGCAGGACGCUUAUUUGACCUGAUAUCCAAUGAUGUAAAAAGAAUGGAGGAAGACACAGUCAAGUUUAUUGUCUUAGCCGUUUUCGCAGUCCCUGCUUAUGCUGGGGCAAUAUUCCUUAUCUAUUAUUUCAUUGGUUGGCAGGCUGUUACGGGUGUGUUCCUCCUGUGUAUUCUCAUGCCAUACGCUGCCGUCUUGUCCUAUGCUAAUGGUAAGCUGCGCUUGCGCACAGCUACAGUGUCGGAUCAGCGAAUCUCCCCAACGAAUCAAGUAGUUUCCGGGAUCCGCGCGGUCAAAAUGCAUGCGUGGGAGGACGAAUAUGGACGAGAGAUAAAACGUGUAAGAAGAUAUGAAGAUGUUCAUAAUCAGGCGUACAUUAUGGUGAUGGCCAGCGGUAGGUGGCUCGGUGCACGUUUGGAUUGUCUCGCUUCCUUGUUAGUCGGUGCAGUUGCUCUGGCUGCAAUCUUGGUAUCUCAAGAUGCCCCUUACGCUAGUCUCGCUCUUGUUUACGUCAUCCAAACUCUGGCCAUGACUCAAUACGCUGUUAGAAAAACCUCUGAAGUAGAAAACUACAUGACGUCAGUUUAA